CAGAGCGACUCAAUUGGUCAGGUAAAUAGCUGCAAGUUGGCAGGAAGAGCAGAGCUAGAGAGCGGAGAUACAUGAUGAUGUCAACACGGCAGUGAACCUUUCGAGGUGGUCGUUGUGUCCGGUCUGUCCUUUAAGGCGCAUUGCAGCUUUGCUCAAGGACUCUAGCGAUCAUCUGCAGCAUCCGGAGGAGUCCAGAUCCUACUGGUGUGUGAGCUUUAAUGGAGAUUUUGAGCGGGAUGUGUGCGUCUUCUUUUUAUCUGCCGGCUGUUUGACCAGAGAUCAAGAGGCAUGGAGAAUCUGAGCCACAUCUCUCCUUGUCUACACUUGUGAGCUGGGUUUGAGUCAGGAGGACCAUGCUCAGCUCACAGCGUGUGGUGGAGGAAUGGCUCUCUGAGUUCAAGACCUUACCUGAAGAGCAAAUCCGCAGCUAUUCUGGCAGUCUGCGUCUGAAGAAAGCUCUGGUACCUGCUCUCUAUGCUGUUAUUCAGGAGCAGCCCUGCAGUGAGCUGCUGGCUCCGGUGUGUCAUCAGUUGUUUGAGUUGUACCGGCACUCAGAGGAAGGUUUGCGUCAGUUUACCCUGCAGUUCCUUCCUGAACUCAUCUGGGUGUACUUGCGUCAUUCAGCCAGCAGAGAGCGUUACCGCAAUGGCUGCGUGGAAGCCCUGCUACUGGGGAUCUAUAACCUGGAAAUUGUGGACAGUAAAGGAAAUUCCAAGCUGCUGUCAUUCACCAUACCAACUCUCUCUAAGCCUUCAAUAUACCAUGAGCCAUCCAGCCUGGGGUCCAUGGCGUUAACCGAGGGAGCCCUGAACCAGCACGACCUCAUCCGGGUGGUGUACAGCGGCCUGCUGUCUCAGAGAGAGACGUUCACCUCACAGAACAGGUUUGAGGUGCUGUCUUUUCUAAUGCUCUGCUACAACUCAGCCGUGGUCUUUAUGCCUGCGUCCUCCCAUCAAUCGGCUUGCAGAAUGAGCACGCGGCUGUGUGUGAGCGGUUACCCGCGGCAGCAGCAAAAGCCGUGGAAGGAGCCGUAUUACCGUAUGCGAUUGGAGCCGGAGUUUAUGGUGCAGAUGCUGACUGCUGUUUACCAUGCCAUUUAUAAUGGGCAGUGGGAUCUGGGGAGGGAAGCUUUGGAUGACAUCCUCUACCGAGCACAGCUAGACCUCCAUGCCCAGCCAUUACUGGUGGCAAAUGCAAUUAGUCGCUCACUUCCGUCCCGUCCUCCGGAGGGCUCGCGGAACCUUCUGGAGGUGGAAGUAACGCAUACCGGGAGAUGCAUCUCACAGGCAGCUGUCACUGCCGCCUCCAUUCGUCGGCUCCGCUGGAAACGAGAGGAUUGUUUUGAUUUCACAACCAUGGCUGAAUUCUACGCCUCCAUCAUCCCCAGCCGAUACACCCCCCCGGAGAGACCAGACAAUCCUGUGGCAUGCGGGCGGAUAAAGUGCACCAUUCACCUAACCUUGCAAGAUGCCGACGGUGUGAGCUGUGGAGAGGACUCUUUUGACCCAGAUGAAGGAUUUUCCUCUGGGGCUUCCAGCAGCAGCCAGCCCAGCAGCGUGAAACGUGACUGGGUCAUAACUGGCGUUCGACCUUCCCGAGAUCCGGGAGCCAGGCUGAGGGAGAGCGCGUCGGCCGACACCAGAGCCGCGCUCCGAAGCCUCCACCAACGGCACCAGUCCCCUCCCCCUGCCGUCAGCCUCCGAACCACAGAGAGCAGCCGCAGCCCGAGUCCCAGCGCUACUCGACGCUUUCUGGACCCGCAUUACAUCUCUCCCUUUGCUGGUGCGCCACCCAAAACCAGCAGCACGUCUUCAAGCAAGUCUCUUGACUGUACUGGCCUCAACGGCUCAUCGGGACCCACAGAUAGCCUGUCGCUGGGUAGCCUCAGCGCAGACAGGGCUCACUAUCUGUCAGCCAUCAGUUUGCAAGAGGAACGUCUUGGGCAAGCGGCGCGCAGCCAGGAUCUCCUUUCCCCCGGGAGUCCGUUCUCCUCUGGAAGCCCACUGUCCAAACAGUCUCGAUCAUCCAGUUUUAAUAUGCAGAUUAUUUCCCAGGUCUAGAAUGAUUUUGCUGGACUAUGUGUGUGCAUGAGUGAGAGAGAGAGAGAAAGCGUGAGAGAGAGAGAGAGAAGCAGAAAUGUUAACGUGCAUGCGUACAAGCAUGUUGUCUUAUGAUGUGUGUGUGUGAAUGUGUUCGAAUGAGGGUGCGCUCAUACACUUUUAUUUGAUCACUACAUUAUGCACUUGGGUUCGGUGUGGAGGAAAUAUUUGUUUUGCACAAAGGACAUAUUCAAGUGUACAUGAUCCGAGACUGUUUUAAAUGUGCCAUACAAACAAACAAUAACAACAUGGUGUUAGUAGGAACAAACAUUACUGUAUCAGAGCAAUGAACUUCAAAAACCGACAAUCAUGGUCAGUGCAUCGAGAAAGGCCUGAUAGUGCAUGAUCCAAAGAGUCUUAUCCAACCCAGCUGUACUGUAGGUCGUCCUGAAGAAAUCCUCUUCCAUGUCACCGUUUUCGGUUUGUGCUGAUUGAGCUUACUGUUGCCUGUGCUGUCCACCCAUCAUAGAAAAUACAUUGUGUGUGGACUGCCUCAAUGAAAUGCUAAAAAAAACAGUAUAUGUUGUACUUUGGAACAGGUUUAUAUUUUAAAUUGUGUAUAUUUGUGUAAAUGAUUAUUGUACUAUAGAAAGAGUAUAUGCUAACAGAAUCUAUAUUGCUUGUACAGAGAUAGAAAGCUAUCUGCUGAAUGGUGAAUAAAUGUGCUGUUCAUGGGA